CCCUCCCUCCCUCCCGCCCGCCGCGUCCCGGAGCCGCUCCUCGCCUCCGCCCCGGUUCCUAUGCGGCUGGCGGCCCCUGCGGGCAGCCCCUGCGGGCAGCCGGCCCCCUGCCAGCCGCAGCGUCCCGGCGCCGCCCGGGGCCGCCAUGAGCUCGGAGCCGCCCCGCGCCUCGCUGCUCCGCGCCCUCUUUAAGAUGGAGCCGCCGGCGGCCGCCGCUGAGGUGCUGGGGGGAGCCGCCGAGAUCCUCAGAGACCGGCUGUACUUCGCCACCCUGCGCAGCAAGCCCAAGAGCACGGUGAACACCCACUACUUCUGCACGGACGAGGAGCUGGUCUACGAGAAUUUCUAUGCAGAUUUUGGACCUUUAAAUUUGGCAAUGUUAUACAGAUAUUGCUGUAAACUAAAUAAGAAAUUAAAGUAUUUCAGUCUGUCAAGAAAGAAGAUAGUUUACUAUACCAGUUUUGACCAGAGGAAACGAGCAAAUGCAGCUUUUUUAAUAGGUGCAUAUGCCGUAAUAUACUUAAAGAAAACACCAGAGGAAGUGUACAGGACACUUUCGUCUGGAACUAAUCCACCAUAUCUUCCGUUUAGGGAUGCUUCAUUUGGGAACUGCACAUACAAUCUCACGAUCUUGGACUGUUUACAGGGAGUAAAUAAGGCCUUACAGCAUGGAUUUUUUGACUUUAAGACAUUUGAUGUGGAUGAAUAUGAACACUAUGAGCGAGUAGAAAAUGGUGACUUCAACUGGAUUAUUCCAGGAAAAUUUCUGGCAUUUAGUGGACCACAUCCAAAAAGCAAACUUGAAAAUGGUUAUCCUCUCCAUGCACCUGAAGCCUACUUUCCCUAUUUCAGGAAACAUAAUGUCACAUCAAUCAUAAGGCUAAACAAAAAAAUUUAUGAGGCAAAACGUUUCACUGAUGCUGGGUUUGAGCAUUAUGACUUGUUCUUCAUAGAUGGAAGCACACCAAGCGACAGUAUAGUUCAGAGGUUCCUGAACAUUUGUGAGAAUGCUGGCGGUGCUAUUGCUGUACACUGUAAAGCUGGCCUGGGGAGAACAGGAACGCUGAUUGCCUGCUACAUAAUGAAACACUAUAAAUUCACGCAUGCUGAAGCCAUUGCUUGGAUAAGAAUAUGUCGACCAGGCUCUAUUAUAGGACCUCAGCAACACUUCUUGGAAGAGAAGCAAGCAAUGUUAUGGCUGGAGGGAGAUCUCAUCCAAUCCAAACAGAAACAACGAGUAGUUGAUGGAAACAUUAACAGAGUUCUUUGUGGCUUGAGUGAUAUGUCAAUCAGUGACAGCUUGAAAAAAGUACAAGACUUGGAUCAAUACGGGGAGAAUGAAUAUGAAGACAAAACAGGUACGGAAGCAAAGAAUGGCAUGACACAGGGAGAUAAGCUUCAUGCCUUAAAAAGUCGGAGAAGGCCAUGCUCUACUACAACUGGAGCUCUGAGGCUACAAGAAAUGAAACUGCACACCAGGUCCAUAUCUCAACCUUUCAGACUGAACACUUCAGGCAGCACCGAAGGAUCCAUGUCUCCACUGAAGGCCUCCAAAGUCAUGACAGCUAAUUUACCGUCUGCAGAAAGAAUAAGCAGAUUUACCACAUCGUCAGCCUCUAACCUUAAAAGCGUUUCCAUAAACUCCAGACUAGCCAGUUCUCUAGGGAACCUGUAUGAUGCUUCAGAUGAUGAUGAGACCAAAAUGACAUCAUUGUCCUCUAGGACAGGUUUUUCUGUAAGCCAAAUCUCCAGCCACUUGAAUGGCAGCUUGCAGCUGCCUCGCAGAAAUAACCAUGAACUGAACAACAACUUGUACAACAGAAACAGCAGUAGUGGCAACAACCUGAGCAGCCAAACCAGUUUUCAGAGCGCCGUGACAGAUGAGUACGCUCAACCCUCCUUUAUGGGCCUUACAGCUCCUCAAGCACAAUACCAGACUCGAUCAAUUCCUUCCCUUCAGUCUGAAUAUGUUCAGUACUAAAGCCUUGCUGCUUUGGUGAAACCUGUUGAGAUCUUACAAUGGAAGUCCUUCAUGAAGAAUUUAAGGAAAGAAGCUGCUCAUUCAGAUGAGGAUUCUUCAAUACAAGAUAUGUUAAAACCUUAACACCAGGAGGCAACUUCUCAACAGCAGGAAACUUCUGGUUAAUGACUACUACAGAUGCACUGAAGUUGAAUUUGUGGAAAUUAUUACUCCAUGUUAUUAUAUACAGAUUUAAAAUUUUUAAUGUUGAAACUACUUGAAUAUAUUUCUAAUGAGUUUCAUUAUGACAUUUAUUAACUUGUGUACAGUCUUAAAAUGUAUUAAGAGAAUAUUUUAUUAAGCUAUAUAUAUAAAAUGAUGUAAAAAAUAGAAUGUUUUAAUUUAGUUUUUCACUUCUUUGCUACCAAAAUGUGUAUUUUAAAAAUUUUUUAUGUGUUUAUCAGAUAUGAAAAAAAUUUAUGAACAAGAAUUUUUUUCUCAUUUUAUGGGUCCAUCAUUAUUGCUUAAAACCUAAGGUAAUUACCUCUUUCACUAAUUGGUCUUCUGUUAACUUAACUGAAGUCUAACUAGUGAGAGACUAGUUAUUACGCUAUCAACUGAAAGCACUUGAGUACAUACUCUGCUUUCUACUCUCAGCUGCUGAUCUUUCAUAAGGAAAAAUAAAUUGAGAUGCAACAUGUAAGUUACAUCCUCAAUUGCAAAAAGAAGGUAAUUUAGCUGAUGAUUCAAUCAUAUUAUUAAUACUUUCUUUCAAUUUGUCUUAAAGGAGUAUUUUAACUUUUUCUUUUGAACGUAGAAUGUUAAAUUUUGCUCUGCCAUACAUACUGCAAAAAUAUAGACAACGCUGAAGUUGGUAAGAAUAUGUUUGUAUGAUGAAUUUGGCAGUUCUGCAUACUUGCAUGUUGUUAACCUACAUUUGGCAGUAUGCAUACAAGUUUCAUUAGCAAAGCACAUUGAAGAUGUUGGAACUCUGUUGAAUUUUCACUUACUGAUUGGAUGUUCCAUAAAUCUUUUGAUUUGAAAACUACUGUUAUAGGUAGCGUAACCUGCUGUAUCACUGAAUAGUUUUCUCAUUAGCAAAGAUAACCUUUAAUAUACGAUCAGGUGCAAUUAGGAAUGAAAGUUUAAAUGAAAUGGUGUUCCAGUGAAGUAUGAGACAUCACGUUUAAAACUUAAGACUCCACAAGAAAAAAAAAUAAAAAAAUUAAGCAGCUGUGAAAACUUUAUUUGCCAUUGUAGUUCAGAAGACAAACAUAGUACAGAUCUGUUACCCAUUAUUUUUUCCAAUAUCUACAGAAAUUUCAGAAUAAAAUGGGGUUGACUUAACAGUCUUUGUUCCCGAAGACCUGUGAAUGACCUGCAUUUGCUCUGCAAAUGAAGUUAAGUGCCACAGAUUUUUUUGAAAAGUUUUAGAUUGCAAAUUGGUACAUAAAGUUAUACUGAAAGUGUUAAUAAGCAAUACCGAGAGCAGCUAUAUGAAUCACUGAAUAAAAGUUACAUGCAAUACUGUACCUUUCCACAAUUGUGUAUAUGGAACAUAUACACACACAAAGUAGCAUAUGUGUGUGCAUAUAUGUAUAUGAAUUAUAGAUUAAUGGUAAGGUAAUUCUACCUCUCAAGGAAAAAAAGUUGUGCUUUGUUAUAAAUAGUUUUCCUUAAUAAAAUGUUUAAUUUUGGAAUGUAGAUAUAUAUAUUAUACAGCUAAUUGAUAAUAAAACGUAUAUAUCAGCCA